AAUGAGUGCAAGUUGGCAGGGGCUGCGGGCAGUGAGGGGGCACACAGUGCCAGUUGGCAGCGGUACAGAGUGUAUCUCAGUCACAGUGCGACUUCCCUGCGCGCUAGUUCAGCAGAGGGCACAGGCGAGUGCGAACUUCCUGAGAGAGAGCAGCCAGCAGCGAGCAGAUGAGCGGGGAGGAGAGUGCGGCCCGGCACUGGGGGAGGAGAGCGGCUGCACAGAGAAGGGGACGCGCUGGGAUUCCAACUGGAGCCUUUCCCUGUCCCGGGCAUUGUGUGCGCUGUGGUUUAUUGCCCGUACCCCUUACUCCGUCGCUCCGCUUUCCUGCGCUGAGCCCGUCCGCCCUGCUGUACGUAUGACCGGGAGCCAGACCCUGCUGCCGUACUUUGCGGUCCAGUUCAACAAGAUGGGCUCAUUCAAGCGACCCAGGCCGCGCUUCAUGAGUUCCCCUGCUCUCAGCGACUUGCCCCGGUUCUACGCCGGUCGCCAGCCGUUACAGCUGAACUCCAGCGCCAUGUGGAACAGCGUGCAGACGGCGGUUAUAAACGUGUUCAGAGGAGGGGGCCUGCAAGUCAACGAACUCUACACUCUGAACGAGAACAUCAGGCACUUGCUGAAAAGUGAUCUGGGGCCAUUUAUUACAGAUUACUUUCAGAACCAGCUGCUGGCUAAAGGUCUGACCUACAUGGAAGAGAAAGUGAAGCUGUAUGAAGGUGAAAACCGCAUUGCGAUCCUGUCUGAGCUGUGGGAUCACUUCUUCACGGAGAUCCUGCCCACGUUACAGGCCAUAUUUUACCCCGUUCAGGGGCAGGAAUUAACCAUCCGGCAGAUCGCCCUGCUCGGCUUCAGGGAUUCUGUGGUGCUGAAAGUGAAUCUGGGCAAAGCGCUGUCAAUGGCGUCAUCCCAGCUCCCCCCCUCUAUCCUGCAGAUGCUGCUGGUCCUUCAGAGUGUACAUGAGCCCUUGGGCCCUAACGAGAGUUACCUGAGGCUGGAAGAGCUGGUGAAGAUGGUGGUGUCGCCGUACGUGGGUGCCUACGGAGACAGGCACUGCAGCAAUAUGGCCGCCUCUGGUAUCCAUGAGUCUCGCAUGUCCCGGAGCCACCCCAGAGCAGAGGCCAUGCCGUACUCGCCCCACGCUACCAGCUCCUUGGCCAGCCAGCGCUCCCUCUCGCCCCUCACCGAGCAGGAAGGGGAAGCCUACUUGGAGAAGUGCGGCAGCAUUCGGAGGCACACGGUGGCCAAUGCCCACACAGACAUUCAGCUUCUGGCAAUGACCUCCAUCAUGCACCCCGGCAGGUCGGAAGAGGCCGAGCUGGAUGAACAAUGCCUGUUGCUACAGCCCACCUUCACCCAGCGACAGUGUAGCAGUGAGCCCAACAUAGCCGAGGCCCCCGCCGAGCUGCUCGGCGCCUCCCCGGAACAGAUCUCGGAGCAGACGUGCCCGGCCACCAGCUGACGGCACCGCUAUGGGGACUGGCACAGCAAAACUUCAGCUGUGCGAGAGAAACAUCGCCCCCUGCUGUAGGAGUUGGAGCAUCAGAAAGGGGCAUAUUCAGUGGCCACCUAGUGCCCAUUCUGAUUGGCCACCUAGUGUCUCCUUAGCACCAAGUAAGUGUAGUCAGGCCAAGGUAAAGCAAUACAGGAAGAUUGACACUUGGUCCCCUAAAUCCUAUUAUGGGGCUGAUACACACUAUAUUGCACCUACUAAGCCUACAAAGCAAACAUCUGAUUGGAUGCAGUUGGGUAAAUGCCUUGGGGCAGUGUAACAGCCCUAAUGUUUGUUUAGAGAGCGCCCCCACCUGGAAUACUGAGGCAGCAUUAUAUCACCCAUAGCUUUUCCCAUGAUUCCAGUGAGGGGUGGGAGUUGUAGUCCGGUUUUCCUAUUGGCCAUUCUGCUCCCUCUACCAAUCCAAUGUCUGCCUCCCUUGUAUCUCCUCCUGUGGCAUCUCCAUCCUAUGCUGAUGUGGCUAUUGUGUAUAAGAGGGAAUGCUGGGAGGGUUACAGAGGGGCUGGGAGGGUAACGGAGAGUGGGCAAUGCUCAAGAGAAAAUAAAGGGCAAGGAAGGAAGAGAUUGGAUUGGCUGGAAGAUGGAGGAUACCAGCGGGUAAAGCUAAAAUGACUGACACGGGUACUAAGCAUCCCAUGAUUCAAUGCAGCCAGGAAGAAAAGGGAUGGGAUAAGAGAAGAUGCUCCUGCAUGGGGUUGGCCCCCUCCUCUCAUUGGCUAAUGGCUGUUCCUGCUGAAUUGUGCUUAGUACAGGGGAAUCCCUAUGUGCCAUAGUUUUAUGGUAUCUCUCUGUACAGGC